GACUUUUGUACAAUUUGUAAAAGGAAGCAAGAGAAGAGACGCCUUGCACGAACGCAACUCCAGCAAAGUGUAAUUUGAGCAAUAGCAGUCUCGAGCAAAUAAGCGAAAUGUGAAAGGAUGCGCGCCCGCGAUAAGACUAGUCGCGCCGACUGUAAGCCUGCCGAGCCCCGAGCUGCAGGGAUUAUCCCGGCUAGCCGAAAGUACGCCUGGUUAACGAUCGAUUUCUAUGGACACGCCGCGCCCCGUUUCCUACGGCUCUCAUGGCGGAGGCAUUCGUCACUCGCUAAACAAAUCUUGCCGGCCGAGUGAAAACUGGAGAUAUUUGAGCAAGCCAAACAGCUCGCAGGCUGGCUUAAGAGUCGGCAGUGGAGCGCUCCUCGGGCCAGUUCACUCGUCGCGACUGCAAGCGAAAGAUGCCCGAGCGGGCCGCACGGUAGCCCGUAGCUCGCAGUAUCCACGGGCCGCGAGAGCAGCCGCCUCCGUCGCACGAUGAAGUUACCGCUCGUGGCCUUGCUGGCGUGCAGCCUGGCCGCGCGCGCCGAGGACGCCUGCGGAGGCACCUAUCAAGGCUUCCAGUACACCAUCACCAGUCCCAAUUAUCCCGGCGACUACCCCGCUCGCGCGCAAUGCGUCUACAGGUUGCAGGGCGAGGCGACGACCAAGUGCGAGCAGCAGUUCCACUUGCAAUUUCUGGACUUCAACCUGCGAGCUUCCGAGGGCUGCCGGCGUGACUCUCUGCAGGUGGGGGACCGCCAUCUCUAUUGCGGCAACACUGCCGGACUGCGCAAGUUCACGGGCAGCAACAACACCCUUAUCCUGCGUUUCCGUUCCGGCGACGCGCGCACCGCCAGGGGCUUCAAGAUACUCGUCAGCGCGCUGCCCUGCAGCCUGAAGCUCAGCCCCCUGGCCGAUCCCCCUUCGAAGCCGGGCACCUCCGGCUGGAAGGCCCGCGACAUCGGGAGCGUGGCAUACCGGCCUGGGGCUGGGGGCGGCGACGGGCUGCCCCACAACUCGACGGCGAGCGAUUCGCAGCACAAGCUCGGCUCGUCGAUUCGCAGGGACCAGGUUGGCUCGACGGCGGUGUCCAUCCCCGACGACAGCCGCUACGACAGCGUCUCCUCGUACUUGUUUCUGCCGCCCAAGGAGACCGACGCGAGCAUCACGCUGCGCUACGUUCUCGGGCCGUCCUCGAGCGGCGACAGGAGCCCGAGCCGCGCCCCAACGGGUGUGGCGCCUCCGCGAUCGGACCGGCUGGGCGUAUCGAACGUCCAGUGCACGAACGCGCCCGCGAGCAAUUACGCCGAGUCGGGCGGCUGCGACGGGGCCGGACGGCCGCCGCAGUCCAACGAGAGAACCAACGAUGCUCCGGGCCUCGCAUACGACCCGAGGCUCGGCUUCGUCGGCUCGGGCAACCAGGCCGUCUCGGCCUAUUACCCUCCGGAAUUGGCAGUCUAUCCCGGAGGUGUCGAGCCCGGCUACGAUUCCGGCUACGAUUCCGGCUACUACCCCGGCUAUUAUCCCGGCUACCCACCCGCGGGGCGGCUCGGUGAGUGCUGCCGAGUCCCGACCACCCGGAGGUUCUCCAUCGUCAGUCCCGGCUUCCCCGGAGGACUCGGCGCCGGCGCGCGACUAUCCUGCCGCUACACCAUCGUCAAGUCCUCGCCGGACGUCUGUUGGCUGCGGCUGAACCUGCGCUUCUUCAACUUGGGCGCCGCCGAGCCCUACUGCUCGUUGCACUACCUCGACGUCGACGGCCAGCGCUUGUGCGGCUGCAGGACCGGCCAGAGCCUGCAGCUGUCGUUCGGCGAUCGGCUGGCUAAGAGCAUGAGCUUGGUGAGCACCGGCCACCCCAGGGGUAGCCUCGUCGGCUUCCUUAUCGAAGUCCAACAGGAGGCGUGCUCGCCGCUCGUUUACGGCCCGGCCUACUCCGGCGACUACGCGCGCAGGCGCUCGGCCACGGAGCCCGAGCCCCCGUCGAGGGUCGAGCGGGACCUCGGCUACUCCUACCCCCGAGCCAGACCGGGUUUCGCCGACGGUGGCGAGCAGACGCGCGCGCGCCUCUUCGCCGGCAGCUGCCAGAGCCGCCUCCUACUCGACUGGACGCUCGCCGCGAAGGAGGCAUUCUUCGAGCGCGCCACCUGCAGCGCAGCAGCACCCCCCGGCGCAAGGCUCGCGCGCAGCGACUCGUCGCGGGGAGAGGAGGCGGCGCCCUUCGGCGACCACUGCCGGCAGAUCCGCGAGGUUCAAGGCCGGAUCGAGUCGCCGCUCUACCCGGACGCCUACCCCGCCAACCUCGACGAGUGCUACCGACUUCACAGGGUGGCCAACUUCUGCAAGCUCGAGCUUCACGUGCGAGACUUCGACUUGGAGCCGAGCCAAGACUGCGCCAGCGACUACUUGUCGUUCGGCGUCGAGCGGGAGAAAUACUGCGGCAGAUCCUUGAACGACUUUAAGACGGUGUUUGAUCUGACGCGGACCGACAGUCUGCGAAUUGACUUUGCGAGCAACGCUCGCGGCGCAGGAAGAGGUUUCGACAUUAGCUUCUCGCAACUGCCGUGCGAACCGGCUCUUUAAAUUCCUGCUCGAUGACACUGCUACUACGCUCUUCGAUAUGUGCACAUACAUACUUCAUAUUUAUUUU